AUCCGCUCGGUGGGGGCGUGAUCAGUGCAGGAGCAGCCCAGGAAGUAGUAAGGCGGGAGGUCCGGCUGGAAUGGCGGACAGGGCAGAGUCCGAGGUGCGGGUGGCGGAGGAGACGUUGCGCGCCUGGGAACGUGAUCAAGCACAACUGAAGGCAGAUGUAAUUGACCAGGACACCGAAGAGUGGCAAAGCAACCCCUCCUUUGCUGGACUGGAGAGAGUUGGAGGAGUGGACCUGUCUUACAUCAAAGGAGAUGACACAAGUGCCUGUGCUUCACUGGUGGUGCUCAGCUACCCAGACCUUGAGGUCCUGUAUGAAGACUGUUGCAUGGUAGCUGUGAAUGCCCCAUACGUGGCAGGUUUCCUGGCCUUCAGAGAAGUCCCUUUUCUUGUGGAGGCCCUGCAGCGGCUAGAGCAAAAAGAGCCUGGUCUCAGGCCCCAGGUCCUGCUUGUAGAUGGAAAUGGCAUUCUCCACCACAGAGGCUUUGGCAUUGCCUGCCAUCUUGGUGUACUCACAGGCCUCCCCUGCGUUGGUGUAGCCAAAAACCUCCUGCAGGUUGAUGGUCUGGCCAAUGAUGAGCUGCACAAGGAACAGAUCCAAGACCUUCAGGCAGGAGGAGACACGUUCCCCCUAUUGAGUACUUCAGGGAAAAUCUUGGGUAUGGCUUUGCGCAGCUACGCCAAGAGCACCAAACCCGUGUACGUCUCUGUGGGCCACAAGAUGAGCCUUUUGUCCGCUGUGCAGUUAGUGCACUCCUGCUGCAGGUAUCGGGUUCCUGAGCCCAUCCGGCAGGCCGACAUAAGAUCCAGAGAGUACAUCCGGAAACAUUUGGAAGCUGUCUCUGCAUCACCUCAGCCAGAGAGAUCUGCAAUCCAAAUGUGAUGCUAUGUCCAAAUAAUAAACCAAAAUCUGUUUUUUUUUAAUGCUGUCCUUAUUAUUGUCCUUUCGCCGCACUUAUGACCUUCCUGUUAUCUGUAGUGGCUUCAUUUUCAGCCCCUAGACUCAUUUUCAGCCUAGAAUGUCCACUGACCCUGGGGCCACCUCCAUUCAUAAUACACAAGCCCUGCCUUGGAGGUUAAAGGCAGCAAGGGAAGUGGUUUUGGAGAUGCUUCCCCUCCGUAAUCUGACAGUUGCCUUCAGGCUGAAGCUCUUGGAGGAGCAGGGAUGGUAAUCCUGGCAGGGAGGGAGUGAUAGGUGUUUUAAGUGAGUGCAAGUGUCAGCCCCCCUGAAAGGCUAUUAGCAUUUAUCUGAAGGUGGGAUAAUGGAAGAGGUGAAGAUGAGGCAGGCCAAGUCCCUCUGCAGAGAGCUGGCAAAUUGCCCUCCUACCCUUUGGAGCCUGAUGCAUGCAGGAUUCUGCCUUCAUUCAGGGCACUGGGGUUUGAGAACCAUCUGCCACCAUCCCAGCUGUUGUCUCUGUUCAGCUCAAGGGGUGCUGAGUGCAGGAUAUGCCCCCAGCAUGCGCUGCCCCAGGCCAAGGCUCUUGUGCCCUCCUGUCCCAUGCUGCACCUGCUUUUUAUGAUAGUUGUGUUUGCAUGUGUGUGUGUGCAUGUGCUGGGAGUGUUUACCAGGGCUGCAAGCUUUUAACAGGUUUGCGUUGCUCAGUAUAACCCCCAAAUGGCGUUGUGCUUGAUCUAUUCUAGAUUCAGGAAAGGUACAUGAAUUCUAAAAUUAUUGUUAUUCACGUUUUAUACUGUAUUUUACGCUGUUUUCUGUUGCAUCAAUUAAGUGUUUUAAACUUGUUGUUAGCCGCCCUGAGCCCCGUUUUUGAACCAGGAAGGGCGGGGUACAAAUAAAUUUUUUAAUUAUUAUUUAUUAUUAUGAGCGGUGGAUUCUCUCCACCCCCAGAUCAUGGAUUCCUCAGUGCUUUUCGUUCUAUGCUCCUUUUACACAUUCUAGCCUAAAAAGGGAAAGGCACUCUGAUGUAGGUGCUUAUUCUGCCCACACCUUCCCAGAGGUACAAGCUGUUUUGAUGCCUUGAAUUUCACCUCUUUCUUGCUGCUGUUUGCCCCGGUCAUAGGUUUCCAACAAGGCUCACACUGCAGGGUCAGAGCUGGGCAGCAGCACACGUUCGCGAUGGAAAUCCUGUUCCAACCAAGGAAAAUAUCGCAUGCCAUCUCUGCUUAGGCCCUGAUUUCUCUAGUGCCUGGGAGGGUGUGGGUAUGCAGUUCCAGGGCUUCUGUUCUGCACAAUUCUGAAAUGUAGGGGACACCCACCACCAAAGGCACACUGCCCUAUGGCUGAUCUUGUGGGGGCUACAUCUCAGAAAUGGGAAUUGCUUAAAUGCAAAAGGCCACAAGCGAGGCCUGCAGUUCUCAAGGCUGCCUUCCGAGAGCCUUUACCGUCAACUAUUCCACGAUGUCUUAAAUCAUGCCUUAUCAUUCAUUAUUGAUUAUUCAGUUCAGGAAAAGACAAAUUAAUUUUUUAUUGAAGGACAAGUAGGGGUGGGGGUGGGGAGGGCGCAGUGUUCUGGGGAAUCACAAAAAGCUUUUUAGAUCACGGUGUCGCAGCAGGAGGCCAGUAAGGGAAAACGUCCUUCAUUGUGUGUGUGUUUUUCAAAAUUAAAAGCUAUAC